CCCGAGCCUCCGCAGCCCCAGCUGCAGCCGCCACCGCCGCCGGCCCCUCCGAACCAUGUGGUGACCACCAUCGAGAACCUGCCAGCAGAAGGCAGCGGCGGCGGCGGGAGCCUGUCCGCCUCCUCCCGGGCUGGCAUGCGCCAGAGGAUCCGCAAAGUGCUGAACAGGGAGAUGUUAAUCUCUGUGGCUUUAGGCCAGGUGUUAUCCCUUCUUGUUUGUGGAAUCGGCUUGACCAGCAAGUACCUGGCAGAAGAUUUUCAUGCCAACACACCAGUCUUCCAGAGCUUUCUGAACUAUAUCCUCCUCUUCUUGGUCUAUACCACCACCCUAGCUGUCAGACAAGGUGAAGAAAACCUCUUGGCAAUUUUACGCCGAAGAUGGUGGAAGUACAUGAUCCUGGGACUCAUAGACUUGGAAGCAAAUUACCUGGUGGUCAAGGCUUACCAGUACACAACUCUGACCAGUGUCCAGCUCCUGGACUGCUUUGUGAUCCCGGUGGUGAUUUUGCUCUCCUGGUUCUUCCUGCUGAUCCGGUACAAGGCUGUGCAUUUCGUCGGCAUCGUGGUCUGCAUCCUGGGCAUGGGUUGCAUGGUGGGAGCUGAUGUGCUUGUGGGAAGGCACCAGGGAGCAGGGGAAAAUAAGCUGGUAGGGGACCUCCUCGUCUUAGGAGGAGCCACGCUGUACGGCAUCUCUAACGUCUGGGAAGAAUCCAUCAUCCGAACUCUGAGCAGAGUGGAGUUCCUGGGAAUGAUUGGUCUCUUUGGUGCAUUUUUCAGUGGAAUUCAAUUAGCCAUCAUGGAACACAAGGAGCUGCUAAAGGUGCCCUGGGAUUGGCAAAUAGGACUGCUCUACGUUGGCUUUAGUGCCUGCAUGUUUGGUCUCUACAGCUUUAUGCCAGUCGUCAUAAAGAAAACGAGUGCCACCUCCGUCAACCUUUCUCUGCUCACAGCAGAUCUUUACAGCCUGUUCUGUGGACUCUUCCUCUUCCAUUACAAGUUUUCAGGACUUUACCUCCUGUCUUACUUCACCAUCCUCAUCGGGCUGGUGCUCUACUCCUCCACCUCCACGUACAUAGCCCAGGACCCCCGAGUGUACAAGCAAUUCCGUAAUCCUUCAGGACCUGUUGCGGACUUACCCAGCACAGCUCAGGUGGAGCCUUCAGUCACCUAUACCAGCCUGGGCCAGGAGACAGAAGAAGAGCCCCAUGUACGUGUGGCCUAGGGUGAGGCCCGCCCUGCCCACUGAGGACAACUCAGAGGCCACGUGUGUUUGCUCAUCAUCUCUGUAUUGUACAUAGAGAAAGGUAUUUAGUAGGUGCAGUUUCACAGGUGGCCUGCAAGGUAGCUAACCCUCCUUUUGUAAAAGGAAGCAAGCUGAAGGCCACAGGAAACACAGGCUUCAAUUCACCUGACUCAGAGAGAGGCUUUGAUAGUAUGUAUCCUGACCCCGCCCCCAACCCCUGCAUUAAUUACUGUGAAAUUUUUUUGAAUCAAAAGCAAGUAUUAUUGUUACUAUGAUUUUUAUUAUUGUUACUGUUAUUACACCAACUUUCAGAAGGAGGUUUUGUAUUCCUGAUGGGAAUUAUUGCCAGACCCUCGCAUAGUCAACGUACAUCCCACUUUUCUAUGGCAAGUCACUUUUUGAGAAUCAUACUUUUUGUUUCGUUUUGCACAGACUAUAUGAGUGAUGCAUGCCACAGAAGCUCUACCCCUCAGAAGUUCCCUCAUCCUGGUGACCUCGUGGCUAAUGGUUUCCUCUGUCACCUGUUGGAUUGCCUACUCAAUAAGGAUUUUCUGCUGUGACCCUUGUGGGGAGGGGAAACUGACCAUAUAAUUCUCUAUUCUAGGAAUAGAUAUAAAACAAACAUUUUAGCCUUUUUAUAUUUCAUUUUCUGCUUACUCCAGGCCAUUGGCUUUCUUUGGGGCCAGGAGACUCAUCUAAUUAAGCCCUGUGACUACAUGAUAAGGAUUCUCCCAUUUCUGUGGCUUACAGGAACACUCUAAAGAAAAUCACUUACGUUUAGGGUUGUGUUUUUUAAACUUUUUCUGUCUUUCCCUAUAUCUCUCUCCUAAAAAAUUAGUUUCUGUUUUAAUUUUUCUUAAUGAUGUCAUGGAAGUUAAUCGAAGUACUAGAAAAGCCAUGGCCUCUGCCCUCUUAGUUAUAUAGUACCUUUCUCAGAGUAUGCCAACAUGGACACUAUUUUAUUAUGGGACACCAUUGUUUAUACCACCUCUUGAAGCAAGGUACUGAUGUGGAACAAUCUCAGUUAGUAGCUCAUGUUCUGGUCACUUAAUAGUGGUAAAGAUGUCACCACUGAAAAGUCUGGCAUUUUGGUCACAGCUGAUACCCAUCUAAUAGCAGAAUAUAAGGAUAAGCAUUUAUACAGACAGAAGAUGCUACACUAUCCCGAUAAAGCUUGAUACAUCAUUAGUUAAUCAGUUCUAUUAUCUCAAGAAUGUCUCUCAUUCCACCACUACCCCUGCAACAUAGGUUUCAAUUGAGAAGCCAUUAACCUUUAUAAUUUAGAAUAGAUUCCAUGUGUCAGCUUGGCUGACUUCAAUAUCAUUCAAAGGAUUCUUGAUGGAGUUACAGGCUUUAUAUAAAUGUUCAUGAAAUUUGAGACAAUUCAAGUCAAUAUUUUUUAAUUAAGCAAGCAAAAGAAAACACUAGUGUGGGGGGGGUCUCAUAAAGUAAGAACAAAUUGCAAAGUAAGGCUUAAGCAUGGCAGGCAGAAGCUCCCAUGCUGUCCACCAGCAAGCCUCUGGCCUCUUUGCCUGCCUUCUUCUGUGAAGAGUCAUCGUGAUCCACUUUGACAAAUCUCAUUACAAACAACACAUGUCCAAAAUAAGUAAUGUGCUUGAACACUGUAACUCAGUUAAAAAAAAUCUUUUUCAUUGGAAAAUAUAAUAUUUCUUCUAAAGUAUUUUUGAAUCCUGACCUAGGAGAAAGGAAGAAAGGUUGUUUUCUGAUAUGUAUAUUUCACGUCAGAUUUCCCCAUGGAAUAACUUCUCUUUGCUGGGGUGUGGUGGGCAUGGGGGAGAAAGGUUUGAGCUAAAGCUACAUACCACAUCCUACAACCUUGCCAACAUCUGCACUCUGCUACCUUUUAAGCCAAUUAAAUACCUUUCUCUGAAUAUUUUGUUCAUUCAGCUCUGAAGACCUUUAAAGACUGUGCUUUUAUUUUUGUGUUUACAUUCCUUUGGUUUGCAUAAUUUACUUGAUUUGUUGCAUUUUUUUAGUAUUUAUUUUAAGCCAAAUGUCUUUGUCUUUUUGAUUCAUUUUUAUGACACGAAUUUGUAGACACUUGGUAAACUCUUAUGAGAAACAAGUGACUGAAAUUGUUUCCAAGUCCAUUCAGUGGGCUAGGAACAUUUUCACAUUUAAAAUUUGAAAAGGUUUGCAAUUAACUGAUGGCUUAAGGCUGCCAUCUAGACCACUUUUUAGGAUGUUUUAAUUGACUCCAUCAUAUGGAAACCAAGUGUGACGAUAAGAUGAACUCACUGUAUACUUUUUGUCAUUGGAUGUCCUUGUGAUCAGACAUUCAUGCCACUGGGUUACUUCACCUGUGUUGGUUUAUCUCCAUGUAUAAAACUGGUAACAUUGGCUGUCCAAGAUCAAAAGUCUAGAAUUGACCCUUAAGGAAAAAAAAAGGCAAAAAGUUUCAAAGAACCAUGUUUUCAGUGUGAAAACAUUGGGGUGUUUCAGAAUGUGGGGUGGGAAGUGGGAAUAGGGUAACAUUAACUGUAGCAGUUUUAAUUUCUGAGAUUCUGUAAACUUAGUAGAUACCAGGAAGAAUAUCAAUGUCUUAAUCCACCACUCUUCUCUCCUCAAGGAAUGAGAACAGCCCUUUGUAUGAAUGUUGACAAAGAGCAAACCACAGCUCUCUUCAACCUUGCCAGAGACGGGUAGUGGUUUUCACUUCCUCACUGGACACUCUCACUGGGGACAGAGCUUGCCUUGGUCAGAUCUCCCCACAGCUUCAAACACACAUCCAGAUAGACCAAGCAAUGGACAACUCUGCACCACUGUGUCCCAUCCAAACAUUUCCAUGUUUAGUUUAGUUAUUGCUAACUUGUGCUAAUAACCUUUUGACAAGCUUGUAGUCUUGUUUGUUUGGGAUUUAUUUUUGAUUUGUAACCAUUUAGUAGUUCCCAGCUAGCUAUCAGUAUAGAUUUUACCCCAUGGGUAGGAGUCUAUCUUCAUACAACAUAACAAAGCACACUAAUUCUGACACCACCAUGGAAAAUAUGAACCCAAAUAUAAACAAAAAGGAAAGAAAAGAACAACAACAAAAAAAAGACCUUUACACUGGGAAGCUGAACACGCCAUCCACAUUUUCUAUUUGCAUGCCCCCAUGGACUGGCUGUGGCGAUGUAACACCUGUACAAUGUUUUCAAAUAAAAAUCAAUGCUUUAUGAAAGCA